AUGUUACUAUGUAGUUAUGGUGAUGCAAAUAAAGCUAGAGCUCUUCCCCACAUUAAAAAAAAAAUUGCAAACUUUCUUUCCCACUGCUGUGCUUCCAUCCAUGUUUACACUGUGGCCUAUCUGGUUCAGAGGGAGGAUAUAAUAGGGGAGAUAUUCUGGAAGCUGACUCCCUGCAUCCAGAAUGGCACUGAAUUGCUAAAUGCUUGGAUACAAAAUGCUUGGAAGAAUAAAAAGCUAAUUACCAGCCACCUUCAUAAUUUCAAUUCUACUAAAUUUGGUAGAGGCACAACAUUCAAGUGGUCUAGGCCACCAUGA